CAACUUGAAAUUAGAGAUACCUGAAUUUAUAAGUAGACGAUUUAUCAGAGAAGAUGUUACAAUUUUCACUUCUUGCCACAGUGGGUGUGGAAGGGGGGAAGGUAGAGAGUCAGCUGUGAUAAAAGCGCAUUGAUAAUAAGUGGCGCGGCAAAGUUCAAAUGGUGGUGGUAUAGCGGAGAAGUGAAAGAAUAAAAUCGUUUGUGUAUUAUGACAGUCAGUCAGUCCUAAUCCUGUUGACAAUAGCCAUUGACUAGCGCACAGCACCGCACCGCACCGCAACGCAACGCAACACGGUCACCACAAUCCAUCAGCAGAAGCUGUCUGCCUGCUCACUCAGCAGGCGGUCACUUCAAUCUUUGGUGCGCGUCAUUGUGAUCAUUUAUUUGCGAACAUUUCGAAAAUGACCUCAACUGUGUUUCGAUUAUUCGGUUUGAUAGUCUUGUUAUCACUUCGAGUGUCUGAAACUAAACGGCUGAUGACAUUGGAGGACACUGUUAUUUCCACGUUCAGGGCUGAGAGCUUCAUUGGCAAUUGGAUUUCUGAUACUGAAUUGACCUUUGUGAAAGAUAAUGCAAUCACACUCUUGGACGUGACUUCCCAGAAUCAGAGUAUUUUAGGAGAGGAGUCACUCCUUAAACGCUACAAUGCAACUUCAUACGAUGUAUCAAGUGAUAAAGAGUGGAUCGCCUUAUCACAUAAUUGUGACCAAGUAUAUCGUCAUUCGUCUUUAUGUAUAUAUUCAGUUCAUGAGCUGAAAAGUGGUUUCCAGUUUGAUGUAGCUGGAGGGAAGAAACUGCAGCUGCUGAGAUGGUCUCCAAUCGGCCACUCGCUCGUUUACGUUCUGGAGAACGACCUGUACUAUCAGCACAAGCCGGGGCCCCUGGCUGCCGAUAGGCUCACCACCUCUGGCAAGGCCGGUGUAUUCUACAAUGGAGUGGCCGACUGGGUUUACGAAGAGGAAGUACUCGGUACAUCGAGAGCCUUAUGGUUCUCUCCAGAGGGGACGAAAUUGGCCUAUAUUGCAUUCGACGAUUCCAAUGUAACCGAAGUUCACUAUCCAAGGUAUGGAGAGCCUGGAAGUAUGAAGUGGCAGUACGCUGAAGAUGUUAUAAUCAGAUAUCCGAAGGCAGGAUCUAAUAAUCCAGUUGUAAGCUUGAAUGUAGUUGAUCUGCGAUUGAAAAGAAGACCGAAGAUAGACCGAUUACCGGCGCCUGUAGCAGAAGUAACUGAUGAUAACAUUUUAGCCGAAGUUGUAUGGAUUGAUGACAAGAACCUAGCAGCGGCCUGGACAAACAGGGUACAAACUGUUGCAGUUACUAUGGUGUGUGACAGUACUACUUCAGAAUGUCACAAGGUACUAGAAACAAGAGAGAAGGAUGGUUGGGUGGAGUAUCCGACUCUGUUUUUCAAGAAUGCGUCCUAUUUUGCAACAUUACUACCACAACCCCAGGGUGAGGCUGGGAAUUUCCAGCAUUUGACCAUUGUAACAGACACAACGCACAUUGCUCUCACAUCUGGCGAGCGAAUCGUCGAGAGAAUACUCAAGUGGAAUCAUAAUGAAUCUUUGAUCUACUUCUUAGCUACUGACGAAUUGAGCCCGGCUAGACUCCAUCUGUACGUGAUAAGAGAUGAUGGCAGUGAAUCUGAAAGGUGCCUUUCAUGCGAUAUCUGUGGAACAUCUUCAGCCAUGCUAAGCAAGGACAUGUCUUAUUAUGUAUUAGGGUGUCGUGGACCUGAGGUGCCUUCCUACGCAGUGUACUCUAGUAGCGGAAAUUUCAUCAUGUCACUGGUGAAUAACUCUCAUCUCCAUGAUGUCCUUCAAGAAUUUUCUCUUCCCAAGGAAGCUGAUCUGGAGAUCGACUUAGCUGACAGUGAAAUGAAGGCAAGAGUUCGACUCUUUUUGCCUCCAACAAUGAAACAUGGCAUAAAAUAUCCACUUCUACUACGCGUUUACGGUGGUCCAAAUUUCAUCUUGAACACGGACGUGUUUGUUCCUCCAAGUUUUGAGAGCUAUCUGGUAACUAGGAUGAAUAUCGUGGUGGCCCACGCUGACGUGAGAGGUUCAGCCCGAAGGGGGGACAGACACAAGUUUGCCAUGUACAGAAACUUGGGGGGACCUGAAAUAGAAGACUUCACAACUGUUGCCAAGCAAUUAUCAAGGAAGUUUUCAUACAUUGAUCCGAAACGGAUUGGAAUGUGGGGAUGGAGCUAUGGAGGGUACGCGACCGCCAUGACUCUAGCCAAAGAUGAGGACGACGUAUUCAAGUGCGGCAUUUCUGUUGCUCCUGUCACCAGUUGGAUUUAUUAUGACUCGAUCUACACAGAACGCUACAUGGGUCUCCCAACUGAAGAUGACAACGCAGUAGGCUAUAAAAACUCUGAUGUGACGCAGUUUUAUGAGAAUUUCAAGAAAAAACAAUUUUUGCUAAUACAUGGAAACGGCGAUGACAAUGUUCACUAUCAACAAAGUAUGGCACUUGCUAAAUCACUGGAGAGGCAUGAUAUAUUCUUUAUGAUGCAGAGCUACCCGGAUGAGGAUCACAGUCUGGCACAUGUUAGGCUGCACUUCAUUCACACAAUGGAGAGAUUUUGGGCCAAUUGCUACGGAUUGAAUUCGACAACAACUUGAGCAUAAGAAAAUUGAACUUAUCAGAACUGAUUUCUGAAAUCCUGUGAUUUUGGAUUUAUUCUGAUGAUUACAUCUAUUCUGAUAAGUGUCAAAGGAGUCUCCUGAUAGCCAGUGAAUGACUUUAAUUGAAUCUUACUUGUUUGAGAUGCUAUUGAAUAGUUUAUUAAAGAUUUUUUGUUCUGAAUCAUGAAAUGAAAUUCAGCUGAACAUUUUAUUCUGAAUGACAACUUUAAGAAAAAUAAAAAACAGAAGAGAAACAUAGCCUACUCGAUAAUUUACAUCCAAAACAAGAA